UUACCAAAUUCAAUCAAAAGUGCAUGUUAUCAUUUGUGAAAGUUAUUCUGAAUUUCCUUGUGCUAUGCAGUGAUUCACCUUUGUUUGCAAUAAAUCCGCACCGAAGCGGUUUAUUUGUAUUUAAUUUAAUAAAUAUUUUAUUAAGAUAAUGAUAACGAAGUGUAUAGUGCAGUUAGUUGUUACAACAUUCCAACAUAGGUAGCUGUGCACCAGUAAAGCUGUAAUUAAGAAUGCGAACAAAAAAUUUUUUAGUAUUUCUGGGCUGUGUAUGUAUUACUAGUGUAUUGUUGGUGCUACUUGGGCCCCAACGAGGCGAGUCGUUGAACCAAAUUGUAUCUCAGACACAUCAACAAAUCAGAAGCAUUCAGGAUAAUUUGAACUAUGUGCAAGAAAAAAAUCUCAGUGCAGAUUCAAAUUUACUGUCCUAUUUGGGAUUCAGUACUUCAACAAACACCAUAACAUCUUACAAUGGAAGUUGGGCAAGUAAUACAACAAAACCAACGGUUGUAUCAUAUGUUCUACGACAUCAACUUGCUCAGGCUAUUGGAUUGGCAAGAAAUAUUAUGUCAAGAUGGCAUAGACAGUCUCUGAUUAUCUACGACAUAGGUUUAUCCAAUGAUGAUUUAUUGACACUUUCAACUUUUUGCAAUAGUUCACGAUGUACAAUAUAUUCAUUGCUAAAUUUAGAACAGUUUCCAUCUUAUGUGCAACAGGAGCACGGGCACGCUUUUCGACCUAUUAUAAUUCAAGAUGCCCUAACUAAGUGUGGUUCUGUUAUUUAUUUGGAAUCAAACAGGCGGGUCAAUUGCACGUGGAAACAAUUUUCAAAAUAUUAUGAUAAAGUGCGAAAAUCGGAAUCAGGUAUUUUAGGAUGGUCCACCAAACAUGCAGUCUCAUCUUUGACUCAUCCGAAAAUGUUUGAAUAUUUUCGGACAUUGAACGAUAACUUUUUAUUUUUGCCAAUGAUGUCGGCAAAUCCUCUCGUGAUAGUAAACUCUGAAAAGAUUCAGAAAGAAGUGAUGUUACCCUGGGUCCAAUGUACGCUUACCCAAGACUGCAUCUACCCAAUAGGUGCUCAGUCCGGUGGUUGUAGAUUCGAUAAAAAGCCCUUAUACAGGUAUAGCGGGUGCCAUUCCUACGACACGUCUGCAUUAAAUAUAGUUCUAGGACUUAGACAUGGGUUAAACGAGACCCAUUACUCGAUGAAGACAGAAAUCAGUCUGACCAUUCCUGAAGAAUCCGAUGAAGAUGCCGAAAGAGCCUACAGGCUGCUAAAUAAAAACGCCACUGCAUUGACGGAGACCGGCGAAACUUCAGCUGUGAAUUGAGAAUAUUUGGUAACGGUAAUAAUAAUAAUUUUGUGAUUUUUGUAAUUAUCUUUGAGUUAAUUAAGCAGGACGUAAUUUAAGUGACUAAUGUGAUAAAAGUUUUCACAUGGAAAUUACUGGGUUAUACACCUAUCCUCCGUUUUACACGGUACUCAACAAAACUGAUUUACACGGUUACCCCGUUUUACACAAUGAUCUUUGUUAAUAUAAACCAUGAUUUGCUUAUAUCUACAAUAAUAUUCUA